GGAGGAGGAAGGCGGCGGCGGUGGUUCGACGGCGGCGGGACGGGAGACGGAGGAUAGGCGGGCGGGGGGUUGUGGAAGGUGGAUAAGCGGUUAUGGGAGCCUGACGCCCCCGUCCCGUCCCGCCGCCGAGGGACGAUGGCGCGGCCCCGCGGCGGGCGGUGGUUGCUGGGCGUCCUCCUCGCCCUGUGCCGUUUGGCCGCGCCGCUCGCCAAGAGCCUGGAACCGGUCUCCUGGAGCUCCGGGAACCCCAAGUUCAUGAGUGGGAAGGGGCUGGUCAUCUACCCGGAGAUUGGGGAUAAACUGGACAUUAUCUGCCCCAAGGCCGAGCCAUCCAAGCCUUACGAGUACUACAAGCUGUACCUGGUGAAGAAGGACCAGGCAGAUGCCUGCAGCACCGUCAUGGACCCCAACGUGCUGGUGACGUGCAACCGGCCCGAGCAGGAGAUCCGCUUCACCAUCAAGUUUCAGGAAUUCAGCCCCAACUACAUGGGCCUGGAGUUCAAGCGACAGCAGGAUUACUUCAUCACAUCCACUUCCAACGGGACGCUGGAUGGCCUGGAGAACCGGGAAGGAGGAGUCUGCCAGACACGCUCCAUGAAGAUUGUCAUGAAAGUGGGGCAGGAUCCCAACGCAGUGAUCCCGGAGCAGCUGACGACGAGUCGGCCCAGCAAGGAAUCCGACAACACCGUGAAAAUCGUCACGCAGAGCCCACGCAGCAAGGUCCCCGCCGUGGAGGAGCCUGGCAAACCGGGUUCCGUCAACCAGGACGGCCAGGAGACCCAAGGUCCCAGCGACGGCUUCUUGAGCUCCAAGGUGGCCGUCUUCGCAGCCAUCGGCGCCGGCUGCGUCAUCUUCAUCCUCAUCAUCAUCUUCCUCGUGGUCCUCCUGAUCAAGAUCCGCAAGCGGCACCGGAAGCACACGCAGCAGCGAGCCGCGGCCUUGUCCCUCAGCACUUUGGCCAGCCCCAAAUGCAGCGGGAACGCGGGCUCUGAGCCCAGCGACAUCAUCAUCCCCUUACGGACUACAGAGAACAACUACUGCCCCCACUACGAGAAGGUGAGCGGGGACUACGGGCACCCCGUCUACAUCGUCCAGGAGAUGCCCCCCCAGAGCCCAGCCAACAUUUACUACAAGGUGUGAGGAGCAGCCUGGGCAAGCCGCCGAUGCACGGAGCACGGGAGCGCCGGGCGCAAGGAUGGCGGGGGGGUUGGAGCAGCCCAUUUUCACCCCCCCCCCGGGUCUCCCCACGGGCGGUCUGGCGCCGGGAGGGAGGAAGAGCAACGAACCCCCCCCACGGCACGGCGCAGGGAGCGCCAGGGUCCGGCGCCGGAGAGCGGAUGGCUCGCUCGCCCGCUGGUUCUCCCCUUUGUAUUUAGUUUUGUAGUUCUCAGCUUUUUGUAAUCCCGAGACUUCGAGGGUGAGCCUUCAGCAUCCUCCUCUUCUUCUCCAGACUGCGGCCGGCCAGGGCAAGGCGGGGGGGGAGCGGGCGCUGUGCCUUUCCGUGUGCUUGCUCGGACACAAACCCGGAGACUCCACCACCUCUUAAUUUUUUUUUUUUUUUUAAUUCAUUUUUGGGAUUUCCCUGCGUCAUCCCCUACGUCCUUGCGUCAAGUGCCCGUGUGCCUGGCGCCCACAUCGGCCACCGCUCGGGUCCCAGAGCCUGGACCAACACCAGGGCCGUGGCUGGGAGCCUGGGUGCGAGGAGGAGGAAGGAGCAAGCAGCCGUGGGGGGGGGAGGAGGAGGAUGCUUUUGCCUAGGUGCCAAGAUGCAGACAACUGUGCAGGGAGGAAGCUGGCAAACCCGAUUUACUACUACUACUAUUAUUAUUAUUAUAAUUAUUUUAAAUUU